AUGCCAGUUGGAGUGCGUCAGCUACUGGUUCAAGUGCAGCACCAAUUGUUUGACUUUGGGGGCGAAUUGGCCAUGCCUGGCCAUGCACUGCUAAAUAUCGACGCGCUAAAGGCCUUGGACCUAGCCUUACAAGAAUACAACGCCCGUUUGCCCGCCUUGCAAGAGUUUAUCCUCCCCGCCGGAGUGCGCAGCGUCUGCCUGGCGCAUGUCUGCCGCACGGUGGCUCGCCGCGCCGAGCGUAGCCUGGUGGCUUUGGUGCAAACGCAGCCUGUGCGCCCAGAAUUGUUACAAUACCUCAACCGUUUGAGCGAUUUGUUUUUUGUGCUGGCGCGAACAUUCUCUCAGGAGCACGAAGGUGCUGAAGUGUUUUGGCAGAGUCAAAGGCUUGCAAUGCAAGAUAAUAAAAAAUAA